CUUCAAGGUAUUUUUCUCUUUCUCUUGAAAAUAUACUUUGCUCUUCAAACCCACCGAAAAAUUCGCCGCCAUUCUCAUACUCUCACUCUGUUUAUUUCUCAUUUACCAUGGGUUUAGGAAAGAGUUGCAGGGUUUAGGAAAGAAUUGUACUUCAUCAAAUUCUUCAAAAAGCUCUCGAAAGAGGUCGAGGUAGCAUGGGCCGUGUAAGCAAGACCUCAACUAGAGGUCAAGGUAGCACUGGUCGAGGUAACAUGUCUUCUGUUCCUGUUCCCACAAUUAGUUCUCAACAAGGUGGUACCUAUUCCUCAGGUGGGCAAGACCAAGUUCAAACAUGUCCUACUACUACGCCACCCAUUCAAACAUCAGGUCAUGGUAGCACCCCAUCCAUUUCUAAAUCAUCUCCUAUAAUACCUAAUGAGAGAAACGUAAUAGGCGAGGGUGCGUUUACUCAAAGAAACGCAGUACGUGAAGGUUCAUCUGCUCAGAGUGAUGCAAUAGGUGAAGGUGAGAGCAGCAGUAAUGUGGAGCGAACACUUAUUUUUCUUUCUCCUUUAGGGUUGGAACCAUCGAGAUUAUGCUCUAAGACGAUAACUGAGAUUUGCAAGAAUGAAAUUGGGCCUAAUGGAGUUAACUGGAAAAGUGUCUCACAAGAGACAAAAGAUUUUUAUCUCAGAGAAUUCGAGAAGGCAUUCUAUUGGGAUUCUUCGAUUGAUAGUGAAGUGGGGAAGCAAUGGCGUAGAAAGGCAGCGAGAAGGUACUGUGAUUUCGUUAGCACAAUAAAAGGUGAGGGGAUUCGGCCAGUUUAUGUUCCGAAAGAAACAUGGGAAAGUUCGAAGAAAUAUUGGGAAGAUCCUAAGGUUGUUGAAAAAUCGAAAAUAGCUUCAAAGAAUCGUCGUGGCGGUGAGGAUACAGUUGCCAGUGGGACUCACACGGGCGGCUCUAUUUCCAUCGGAGAGCAUCACAAGAGUCUUGCUAUUAAAAAGGGUCGAGAUCCAACACCAAGUGAGGUACAUUUGUACGUCCAUACACACGGUCAUGAUGGAAAAUCUUUUGUUGGUGAGUGAGCCCGAAUCGUGCAUGAAAAAUGUCAAGAAAUACUACAAAAUCAGUCACAACUCAAUCUAAAGUUAAUCAAUGUCAAGCCUAUUACGAAGCCGUAGGAGGGGUAAAGAAAAGAAGAAUAUAUGGUCUUGGAUCUCAAGCAUCGUCCUUCUU